AUGAAGUCCGUCGCUGAUGAACUGAAAGAGUUCAUGGAUAAGAUGAAAAAAGCUACUGAAAAGCUAAAAGAGUUUGGGCUCGAAAAGAUAAAGAUAGUCGAUACACUUUUCAAGAACCAGCUGUUCGAAAAGUAUGAAAGCUACAUGAGAUCGGCCUUCGGUAGCAAGUCGGAUAUGGUCGUGAUCAAAAUGUUAGAGGACAACCUCGGCGACACGAUUGUUGCAAAGCAGAUUGCCGCGGGAAUUGUUAAGCCUGGAGCUGAACUGAUGGCGGAAUGGCGAACGAAACAAUUCAAGCUGUGGCUGAUAGAGGGCAAACAGCCGGACGACGUCAAGUCAAAGAGUAAAGCCAACGCCGCCGACGAGCUGCUGAAGCAAGUUUGGCGUGCCUACGAAAUAUUUCAUGGCAAACGUAAGGUGACGUAA